AUGAAAGUUAGGGUCCUACGGCUCCUUAUCGGAUUGUGGUUGGUCCCCCGAUCAGCAAAUUGACUACCACCCCGCCUUGGAUACGUACCCUUGCUCGCGUGGGGUUCAACCUGUGAUUGUUCCAUCAACAUCCCCAAGAUGACGAUAUAGAAUCCUACAAUACCUGUUCUCUCCUACGCCUCGGCAGCUAGAAUGUUAAAUAUCCCAGAUUGUUUACAAAAGUUGCGCGCGCUGGAAUUGGUGCAGUUUGAAUGAAUGAACUGAGUAAACCGCGAGCGCGCGCUGUACCAAGAAGGGCAAUCGGAGCAUAUAUCGACGUCAUAUAUACGAACGGAAGCUACGGCGUUUCCAAACGGCCGGCCAGCCAACAAUUCGUCUCCGCGACAUAAGACAUAGGAGGAAUCUAAAUUGAAUCCCCAACUGCGCACCCAGGAACUCACCAGAGAGUGCCAAUCGUCGGUAUGGCAGCUCUACAAGACGCCCUCCAAACCCUCUCCCCCAUCGACGCCAUCACCGUCCCCCAAUCCCCCACCGACCUCGAAACCUUCCUAAACACCACCUUCGACACCUCCCAGCUCCUCAUCGACUCCAUUCCCCUCCCCGCUACCGAUUCCCUCCCCACCCGCCCGCGCUCCUCAACAACAACAUCCAUCGCCAGCUCCGCUUCCGAAAUCACACUCUCCUCCGCGCGCCCUGACUCCCCGCCCCCGGAUGUCUCAAAACUCCAGAAAGCAUGGGGAAAACCACUUCGCCUCGCGGCAAAGGAUAAUCCCCUGGGGAUGUCCGUCUAUAAGCUCGCCGGCACGGAUGGAAAGGGCGCCUGGUUCGCGCGCCGCAGCGUACAUUGUGGACUGGGCUUCGAGCGCUGGAAACGCGCAUUGCAACAGGAGUUCCCGGAGACGAUGAAGAUACAUGGCGGACCCGGGGUUGGUAACAUCCGCGGCAUUGGCGGGGAACGUUGCGUCGAGUGUCGAGAAGCGGGAGGGGGAAAGAUGGAGGUAUAUCAUCUCAGCGCGCAAUUCCCCGGGCCAACGACACCGCGGGACUUUGUGACGAUGUUAAUGACCACCGAGAGGAGGGAGGAGGGCGGGCCUCGACAAUUCAUGAUCGUGAGUAAACCGUGUAUACACCCGCAGACGCCGGUGCGAGAUGGUUUUAUAAGAGGACAAUACCAAAGCGUCGAAUUCAUCCGGGAAGUCCCCGUGCUCCCCACCCCCACCAAAUCCGCCUCAAUGAACGACCUCACCGCCGCCAGCCAACCCGCCAAAUCACGCAAGAGAGCAGAAUCCCAAGCCUCAAGCCUCAACCGCUCCGCCGUCCUCCGCAACGCAAACUCCUCCCACCCUGGCCCCUGCCCCGCACCAGGCCACACCCCAACCCGCACACCCAGCGAAGACCGCCGCCAGCGCGGUCACACCAUCUCCUUCGCCGGCUCGCGCGGCGUAGACGCAAAGGGGGAGUACCACGACAUCCCAGCCGACGACCCGGAACGCAACCCCGUCGAGUGGAUAAUGCUGACGCGCUCCGACCCCGGCGGCUCGGUUCCACGCUUCAUGGUUGAGCGAGGCACACCAGGGAGCAUCGUCGCUGAUGCUGCGAAAUUCUUGAACUGGGCGUGCUCUGCCGCCCUCGAUGUCGCUGGCGACGAAGUCCCCCCGCGUGUUGAUACUGCUACUAAUGAGAGUCCCGAGGAGAGCGAAACUGAAAUCGAACAUCCUGCCGUCCCAGGCGAGGAACCGCGACCGCGCCCUCCCCCGACGCCGCGCGCACAUCCACAUCCACAUCCACCUCAUCGCGCAUCAACCGAGAUAUCCCUCCGCGAGUUCCAAACCAACGGGCACCUCGCCGGUCUAGACGGCGUGCGCGACCCCCCACCAAACGAACACUAUACCCCCCCCAUCACAACCGCCUCGCUCUCCCCCCCCGAGCAGAACAAUAGGGGCGUCCUGAGCAUGGUCACCAAUGCCGCAUCAGCAAUUUCGAAUUUCCUCCCCUCUGCUGGCUACGCGGCUGUGCUGCCACAUGCGCAGGCAAGGGAGAGGAGGUAUAGCACUUCUUCUAGCUCUUCGUCAGAGGAGGAGGGGGAGGGGGAGGGGGAGGGGGAGGGAGGGACGGAUUUGGGGAGUCCGUCAGGGGGGUCUUAUAUGUCUUUUGAGAGUGCACGAGAACGGGGAAGUUUCGACGACGCAGACGAGAGCGCGGAUGCAGCGUUCGUGGAUGCAGCGUCCGUGCCGCCUGUAUAUGGAGUCCCCGCACCAUUGGGCCCAUCGAGCAGCGAAGAGUCCGCUGUGUUACCCGAUCCGGCGAUUCGGACGGUGCCGCCGCGACCGAGCUCGUCGUCGUCGUUGGUGGUGGAGGAUGCGGGGCUGUUGCGGGCGAGGCGGCGGGCAGCGGCUGCGAUUGAGAAAGAGGAGGGGAAGUUUAGGGAGAGGAAGAGGAGGUUGGUGGAGAAAGUUGAGAAGGUGAGGAGGAAAGAGGGGGAAGGCGAAAAACUACGGAAAGCGGAGGAGAGAUACUUGCGUGAUCUCGCGAGGGAAGAGAGCAGGUUAGAGAGGGAGGUUGAGAGGGUUGAGAGGCGGCGAACGAGGGAGGAAGCGAAAGUCGCGAAGGGGAAGGGGGAAGGGGAGGCGGAGAGGGAGGUCCAGGUGCUUAGAGUGGAGAGGGAGUUGUUGAGGCGCCAGGUCGGGGAGUUGCAGAGGGAGAAUACGGUGUUGGCUAUGGGGAUUGGGAGGAUGGAGGGGGGAGAGAAGGUGUUGAGUGAGUUGAGGGGUGGGAGGGCGGAGAGUUUGGGGGUGGUGACGGCGCCGCCGCUGGGGGGGAAGGAGAAUGUGAAGGUGUGA